ACGACCCUUGGGCUUGAAGACUUCCUUCGUUUACAUUAAAAGCUAACUUAACGUUUCUUAAGUCUUGUAAUAACGUGCACAUGCAGUCUUUCCGUCGGUUUAGAAGUAAGAUGGGAUGAGGUGGUAGGAGUGUGCUGGAAAUUGAGAGAUCUUGGUUAUCUCAUCCUCCUCCUACCUAUACACAAUUGCUUUGCCUGGGAUUCACUUAGUUUAAAGGAGGGUGAAAGUUGGACAAAAUAGGAUGACCAUGGCUUCUGUUUUCUUGAACCUCACAUCUUUUUAAUAAUUGUUAGUCACUCCGUGCACAUUACUCAGAAUCUGUUAUUAAAAGUUGAGCAUUCCAAUCUGAAAAUUGGAACUCUGAAGUACUCCAAAAUCUGAAAGUUUUGAGUAUCAACCUGAUGCCACAAAUGGAAAAUUCCACACUUGACCUCAAGUGACAGGUUGGAAUCAAGAUAAAAGUAUACAUUAUACAGUUUAUUCAGCAUCCUCAUGAGAAAAAAGAUCACCCUCUUAGGCCCCUUGAGCUGCAGCAAUUCUAUACAUGCCCUCACAGCGUAAUGAAAUGGCAUAUGUGCAGGUCCAGUGUGCCUAUGGCAGGGACCACAAUCCAGAUGGAGCCAAGACCUUUGUACUCUACUUGCUGUAAUGUUUUGCUUCUUUGUUGCUCUGUGGAAUAAUGAUAACACUGAAAAUGUCAAAAAGGCCUUCAGAUAUCCCUAUGGGUAAAGGUGAUAAGAAAAAGAGGAAGCAUUUAUGUUUAUCUAUAGCACAAAAAGUAAAGCUGUUGGAAAAAUUGGACAGUGGUGUAAGUGUGAAACAUCUUACUGAAGAAUAUGGUGUUGGAAUGACUACUGUAUAUGACUUAAAGAAACAGAAGGAUAAACUGAUGAAGUUCUAUGCAGAAAGUGAUGAGCCAAAGUUAAUGAAGGAUAGAAAAACACUACAUAAAGCUAAAAAUGAAGACCUUGAUCGGGUAUUGAAAGAGUGGAUCCGUCAGCGUCGCAAUGAGCACAUGCCACUGAGUGGUGUGCUGAUCAUGAAGCAAGCAAAGGUCUAUCACAAUGAAUUAAAAAUCGAAGGGAACUGUGAGUAUUCAACAGGCUGGCUGCAGAAAUUUAAGAAAAGACAUGGCAUUAAAUUUUUAAAUAUUUAUCGUGAUAAGUCAUCUGGUCCCAAAGCUGCAGAGAAAUUCACUGAAGUGUUAAACAGUAGUGAAUCCUCAGUUGUUCAGUCAUUGACCAAGGGUGAAAUGGAUGAAAGGGCUGAGAAUCGAAGUGAUCGUGGUGAUAGUGAUGGAGACAGUGUGUCUAACACUGCAGGGAAAGUGCCCCUUGAUGACAUGGUGCAGCUGUGUGAUGGGCUUAUCGAAGGACUAGAGCAACGUGCAUUCAUAACGGAACAAGAAGUCAUGUCUGUUUAUAAAAUCAAAGGGAGACUUCUAAGACAAAAGUUGUUAAUGAGACAAAUGACUCUAGGAAAAACAUUUAAAAGUGCCACCCAACAGAAUGCUUCCUCAUCCCUAGGGGACCCACUUCCUGGUCCCUCAACUGCUUUUGAUGUUUCCUAGCCACUUAAAAAUAAAGAGACAAAGGGCCUAGUUACCUUUGAACCAAACACAGGUGCUGUUUGAUGCUGACAUGGGAUUUGGCUGCUGCUGCUAUGCGACUUAGUUCCUUGGGCACAUAGUCUUCUCACUGUUCAGAGUUAGACCAUGGUUUUUACUCACUACUUCUGUAUGAGUAAGAGGAAGAAUAUGAUUGCUGUCACUAGUUGCAUAUGAGUUCAGAAUCAGGAAUAAGGGUGAGGCCAACCACACACCAUCUGUAUGGGUGGCUGAGGUAGUGACAUCUUUGCCUUCUGAACAGUCACUAUACAUAUCCCUUAUUUCUUGUCCCAAAUUACUAAGAAUAGUGUGUAAAAUUACCUCCAGGCUAUGUCUAUAAGGUUUAUACAGAAUCUUACAGAAUUUUAUGUUUAGGCUUGGGUUCAUUUCCUAGAUAGCUCACUCUAUACAGAUAGAAAUUCUAAGAGCCAAAAUAAACUUUUAAACGUACUUGGUCCCAAGCAUUCCACGUAAGGCAUACUCAACCACUAGUGAAAUUUGUGUUGACUAUAGUAAAAAUGUUUCUCUCCACAUAUGUAUAUAUGCAUGUGUAUGUGUAUAUAUUUGUACAUAUACAUAUAUGUGCAUGUGAGUCAGGUAUGGAGUGAUUUAACAGUCUUCAUUUACCAUCACAUUGUCAUCCACCAUUUGUACAUGAUAUACUGCUCUGAGGCCCUUUUGUGCUGUAUAAUGUAUACUUUGUAUCCACUUCCCCCAUUACCUUGUUUGUCUUCCCUGUGAACAACUUCAGUCCACUUUCCAUAGGAUAUCUUUGUUUUAAUUGCUUACAGCUUUCUAAUAAUAAAAGGAAAAUGCUGUUUGUAUCAGG